AUGAAUAAAUCAGAAUUUUUAAAUUAUAAGAAAAAUUUGAAGGUUAGAGAAUAGUCGUCAUCUAAUACUCUUUGGUUAGUUAUUUAUGUCUGCCUUAUUUAUUUGCUUUUUGGAUCGUUUAAUAUUUGUGGUAAGUUUUUUCUAACUUGCACAUACAUAUAUUCAUUUUCAGAUAGCAUUUCAAUCUUAAACUAUCGUUCCUUAAAUUUGGCUAAUUUUCAGUAAUUGAAUAUUUAAAGAUAACAUAGAUGGUUUCUAUUUGAAAUGGUCGGACCAUUGAGUCUUCCAUUCAUACCUGAUAUUAUUGGCAGAAUGAAAUUCAAGUUUAUUUUCCUAAUUGCGUCACUUGGACCGAUAAUAUUUUUGACCCCAGCUUUGUAUGCAAGUCUUUGUAAAGACUCAAGCAAUUCAGGUUGCAACAUAUUGUUCAUAUAUUGUUGUGCAUUUGUAGUUUCGAUAAUUGCUGGUUUAAUGUAAUCUUUACUUUUAUUUGUUAUGUUAUUCUACCUAUCUAAUUUAGCAAAAACUAGAGAAAAAGUUAUAUAUUAUGGUUCAUUUUUUUUUAUGUAAUCGAUGGUUCUAUUUAAAUAGACAUUCUCUUUAAUGGCUACUUGGAAGUUUAAUAGGGGAGCUUUUUAUAACCUAUGAUA